UAUAAGUGUCAUUCUCGUUAAAAAAUGACUUUCAUUUUUAAUUAUUGAAAAGAAAAUCACAUAUAUCAAAUAUUUUAAUAUACAAUAAACCAAAUUCAACAAUACACAUAUGAAUCACAAAUUCACAACACAUCAAUUUAACCAUCGAAAAAAACCAAACAGAGAGCUAAAUUUACAUUAGUUGACAAUCCAUCAACAACUACAAGUAGUAAAAUACACUGAUAUAUCAACCAUCUUCCUACCUCAACAAUAUUGAAUCCAAACAAACCCUUAUCUUUACAUGUGUCCUAAUGGCACAUAAGUGAGCCUUUUUCCCCCCUUUUCCUUAAAUAGCAGCAUACACAUCUCAAAACUAACAAAAUCCCAAAUUCUUUGUAUUUUUUUUUUCCACUGAACCCAUUUCCCCAAAUAAGAUCAGUAAACUAAAAAAUUAGCUCUCUAAGUAAGGAAAGCGCAUUAGAAAAAUCCAACUUAAAAUAAAUAAGAAAAAUGACAAUAUACUAGGAAUAUAUAUUGAAGAAAUGAAGAUGACGUGGAUCAGAAUAGGAUUCUUUUUUUCCUUCGGCUUCUGUGGAAUAUAAAAGCACUGGAGUACAAGGACAGCAGGCAGACCCACUCUGCUCCAUUAAUAAACCCACACAGAGUAGAAGAGUAAGAGAGAGAGAGAAUCAAGCUAGAGAGAGAAAUCAUGAGGAUGGGAGCGGAGGUCCAAGAGGUGAGCUUCAACGCCGCCGCCGCGGCAGGCCAAGAGAACGGCUCCGGCGACUCACCAGCGGCUCCGACCAGCUCGAGAUUAGCGUCUCUCUUGGGUUCUAAAGACCGCGAUUAUCUCCUCUCCCUAGAUGGAACUCAGGUGAAGAUCUCGGACCUAGAAGGCAAAGUAGUGGCACUAUACUUCUCAGCAAACUGGUACCCGCCAUGCCGAAACUUCAACCAAUUCCUGAUCGGCGCCUACGAGCAGCUGAAGCUCACCAACGGGUCCAAUUUCGAGAUCGUCUUCAUCUCCUGCGACGAGGACUCGAACGCAUUCGACGGCUACCGCGCCAUGAUGCCCUGGCUCUCGAUCCCCUUCUCCGACCUCGAGACCAAGAAAUCGCUGACCCGAAAGUUCGAGAUCGAAGGGAUCCCCUGCCUCGUGAUCCUGCAGCCCGGGUCGGGGAAAGACAUCGAGGGAAUGGCGCUCAGAAACGGCGUCGAAUUGCUGUACCGAUUCGGCAUGAACGCGUUCCCGUUCACCAAGCAGAGGCUGGAGCAGCUGGAGAGGGAGGAGAAGGAGAAGCACGACAGCCAGACGCUCGUUAAUUUGUUGACCAAUCACAAUAGAGACUAUGUUCUGAGUCACCAUGGAGCGAGACAGGUGCCAGUAGCGUCGCUGGUAGGCAAAACGAUCGGGCUCUACUUCUCGGCUCAAUGGUGCUUGCCCUGCGAGAAAUUCACCCCGAAGCUCAUCCCGAUCUACCACAAGAUCAAGUCGAACCACCACGAGAACGACAACUUCGAGAUCGUGUUCGUGUCGAACGAUCGCGACGAAUCGUCGUUCGCCUCGUACUACGCCCAGAUGCCGUGGCUCGCGCUCCCCUUCGGGGACUCGAACAUCAAGACGCUCGCGAAGCACUUCGACGUGCAGGGGAUCCCCUGCCUCGUGAUCCUCGGGCCCGACGGCAAGACUAUCACGACGAACGGGAGGAGCCUGAUCAACCUGUACCAGGAGAACGCGUUCCCGUUUACGGAUUCGAAGGUGGAGUUCCUUGAGAAGCAGAUGGACGAGGAGGCGAAGAACCUGCCGAGGACGAAGCUCCACGGAGGGCACCGGCACGAGCUGACGCUGGUGUCGCAGGAGACCGGCGGCGGGCCGUUCAUAUGCUGCAAUUGCGAGGAGCAAGGGCUGGGUUGGGCGUACCAGUGUUUGGAUUGCGGGUAUGAGCUGCAUCCAAAGUGUGUGAGGGUGGUGGAGGAUCACGCUGUGGGCUCGGUUGGCUGAGAAAGAAAACAGAGAGAGAGAGAGAGGGAGAUAAAUGAUGUUUUAAGGUUAAUUCCAGCUGCGUUUGCUAAUUACCUUGAUGUUCCCGCUUUAAUAUUUGUUCUAAUUUCUGGUUUGGAAUAGCAGAGCCGGCCUUCUGGGGUUGGAGCAUGUCUGUAUCUUUCUUGACUAAGAGAAAGAAGGAUCUCUUUGGUGUACAUGGGUAGUGUUUAAUUAAUGGCAAUUAAGGAUCUUCAUCCCUGUGUGUCUCCUCCCUGGCUAGAUCAAAUUUUCUCUCUUCAUUUGAUUUUAAGAAGCACAUUAUUCUAUUAGAUUUAGUUUGUUCAUUUGAGAAUUUCCUUCAAAACAAGAUAAAAUAGAGACGUUACACAUUGAUAUUGAUAUAUAAUUGAUAUAUAAAAACCUAUUCAUUACUGGCUCUCACACUCUUCCAAGUGCAAGUGGGAAAGUUUCAAACCCUUCUUUCAUCCCUCUGUAUUUUACAACUUUUGUGUUUAGUUAUUAUUCACUAGGUUUCGUGUAUGGCUUUCUGCACAAAUUAUCACCUUUGUGUUUUGUUAUUGUUUGCUAGGUUUUCGUCUAUGGCUUUUUGUACAAAUUAUCACCUGUGUUUCUUCUAUCUAGCUCGAUCAAAUUUUAUCUCUUUAUAUGGUUUUAUAGAAAGCACACUAUUCUGGUAGUUUUAGUUUGUUCAUUUGAGAAUUUCCUGCGAAAUUUUUCACCUAAAAGAUGAGUUCACACAUUUGUAAUAAGAGAAGAAAAGUCAAUAUAACGGGUUGAUUCGAUAUAUAUGGUUAUUUUCUGUCAGUCUAAAAAAUCAAAUGGAUCAACGAGUUUAUUUUAAAUUCGGAUCUAUGAUUUUUCACGCAGGUUCUUACUCUUUACGCUCAUCAGAAGCGAUCUACAAAAUCGAAUGUUCACUACAAGAAACUAGGCGUUUAGCAACUAAGGACAUUUGCUGUGUGGUAAAGUGAUUUAUGGCCUCAAUAGGUCAAUAGUGGUACAUAUAAACGUGUGUCACCAAUACUACUAUUGCUAAUUCUCUUUAGUGGAAGAUGUUAAACGUAGAUACUAUUAGCUGCUAACUAAGAAAUUUGCAGUUACUUAAGUAGAUAAUAUAUUGGUCAUUCAUUGUAGUCUUCGAUAUUUGUAAAUAAGGAACAUGUGAUGCUAGUAGGGAGGAUAUUUGGGAUAUACCGAAUACCGUACCGAAUUUGUCUAUAUUUGGUAUUACCGAAUGCAUGUAUUAUUUCUUGGAAUUGUGAUUGAGAUUGAAUUUCAAUUGUUAUUUGGUAUGAAGGGAUUACGGGAUUGAGAUCGGUAAUAUACCGAAAUACCGAUCAAUACCGAAAUAUAAGCUAGUAUGUAUUUUAUCCUCUCAAUAGACUUUCUCAUUAACUACUACACGACCCUCAACUACCAAGAGUGUCAUUUAUUUAUACAUAGCUCAUUCCAUCACUAUUUCACAACUUAAAAGUCCUCAUCCAACUCAAAUUUGACUUUUCAAUUUAAGUCACUCUCGUUUCUCAUCUAAUAUCUCUUGUUAUUUUUAUAACACAAAAAAUCAAACACUAGUAUUAGUCGUCUCUCAACCUCCAAUUCGUCAAAUUAAAGAUUACCAAUUACAAGAACUUGAGAUGUCACAUCUCCUCCAUUUUCCUUAUCCGUAUCUUAGCACUAGGCAAACUCAAUACUCUUUACUUAGUCUCUUUGCCCUAAAUUAAACAAUAAAAUCUCAUUUAUAUAUUUAAUUUUUAAUUACAAAGGUAAUUAAUUUCAUAAUCGAUAAUACCGAUUGGGAUACCGUAAUUAUUUAGGGUUUGGAAUUGGGAUUGAGUUUAGGGUGUAAUUCGGUAUUCGAGAUUUCGGUAUUUGGUAUUGGGAUACCAAUACCAUACCGAUUUCCACCCGUAGAUGCUGGUAUAUUUUGCCCAACUAAUGCUUAUGCUACUUUACAUGCUUAUUAUGAUUCUUACAUUGCUAGCUGUAUUGAUACUCGUCGAUAAACUACAAGUGUUGUGUUUUGUUUGGAGAUUCACUUCAUGGCGAUGUAAAAAGCAAAACAAUGUAUCCAAAGUUGUUAGAAACCUAUUUCAUUACGGUUUCUAUAUUUAUUAUUACAAUUACUAGGUAAUUCUUAUAAUUAAUAAGUCUUUGAAUCGAAUUAAGAUAGUUUAUUACACAUUUCUGGUCUUUAGCUAUAAAUAUGUACUUUGGGUCUUUUGUUUGAUUAAGCAAAGAUUAAUAAGAAAAGUAUUCCUCAACCCUAAUAUCUUGUCUCCCAAAUUCUCGUCUGUCCCUAACUUUAGGCCACCGACCAUCUCUAUCUUUUCUACCCUAGUUCUUCCCCCAUUCUAUCUUCUAAUCCCUAAAUCUCUCAUUCUACAAUCCCUAAUUCCCAAACACCAAUCCCGAUCCGAAAGAACCGAUAGAAAGUUUGUUUCUAUCAUUUGGUAUCAGAGGCUAGUUCCAAAAGUCACUAUUCAAUUAGUUUUAGUUUGUUCAUUUGAGAAUUUCCUUCGGAAUUUUCCUUCUAAAAGAUGAGUCACACAUUUGUAAAGACGCGAAAAGUCACAUGACGAGUUGAUUCGAUAUACAUAUUCAUUUUUUGUCAAUUUAAAAAGACGAAUGGAUCAUCAAGUUUAUCUUUAGACCCGAAUCUAUGAUUUUUUGCAUAGGUUCCUACUCUUUGGGAUUUUUCCAGAAAUAGCACUGUUUAAUUUUUUUUCCAAAAAUAGGACCCAACUCCGAAAAAUUCCAAAUAGCAACCUUUCCCAAAAACCGCCACCCGUACCAGUGGUUUAGGCGAAAACUGCCACCCGGGGGCGCGUUUUUCGAUGAAAACCGCACUGGUAGGGGGCGGUUUUGCAAACCGGGGUCAUGGCGGUUUGUUUGCAAACCACACCCCCACCAUGCGGUUUUGGUUUUUUUUCUUUUUUUUUGAAAAAUCCUAACCUAGGUGGAAACUUCAAACGAACAUUUCUUUGCUCCCCCGGGGGGCGGUUUUCGCCUAAACCGCUGGUACGGGUGGCGGUUUUUUGGAAAUGGUGCUAUUUUUGGAAUUUUUCGGAGUUGGGUGCUAUUUUUGGAAUUUUUAUUUUAAACAGUACUAUUUCUGGAAAAAUCUCCUACUCUUUGUGCUCAUCAAAAGCGAUCUACAAAAUCAAAUGUUCACUCGACUAGGACAUUUGCUAUGAUAAAGUGAUUUAUGACCUCAAUAGGUUGAUAGUGGUACAUAAAUGUGUGUCAUCAAUACUGUUGUAGCUAAUUCUCUUUAGUGGCAUAUAUUAUUAGCUGGUAACUAACCAGUCUGCAGCUCUUUGUGUAGAUUGUAUAUUUGUCUUUCAUAUUAUUCUUCUACAUCUGUAAUAAGGAACAUGCAAUGUGGGUCUAUCUUUUCCCCAACUAAUGUGUCUGCUACUCUAUGUGCUUAUUAAGAUUCUUACAUUGCUAGCUGCAUCGAUACUCAUUGAUAAAUUAGAAGGUGAAGUGUUCAGUUUGUAAGCUUAUUUAUUGGCGAUGUAAAAAGCCUGCCAAUGCAUCCAAGUCCUCCAUAAAGGCUGGAUAUCAGGCAAUGUUUGACAUGAUGUAUGAGCUAAUCAGGUUGCAUCGUUUGUUGACAAAUUUUGGUAUGGCUUGUUCAGUUGUUUGAUUCCAAUGGAUCUCCUUGUGGACAACAGUUACUAUUGAUAUUCGCAUUGUCAUUAAUAAUCCUGUGUUGCUUGAUCACAUCAAGCACAUGAAAUUCAUGUACACUGUGUUCGCAAUUGAUUAGGGAUAGUACUGUUACUCUUCACUAUAUUUGGACAAAGGAACAAAUUGUUGAUCUUGUUACUCAAGCAUUCUCUACGAGUUGUACUUUUAUGUCGACCUCAUAUAGAUUUAGGUCGACCUAAUCUGUUGUUUCAGUUUUGUGAGACUCAACGACGCGGUUGACCUUUUACAGCAAAUGGUCGACCUUUUUGGGAAGCGAACAAUAUAAAAGGUCGACCUAAAUAUCUCAAAGACCGACCAUUUUGCAAUUAAAAGGUCGCCCUCAUAAGUGAAAAGGUCGACAUCUGUAAUCAUUAACUCAUCAACAUCAAAGUAGGGAUUAUUUAGGAAAAUAGUAUAAACGGUCGACUUGACA